AUUCAAAUAAAGUAGAACCUGUCCUCCAACUUUUGACAGGGGGUGUAUCUACCAAAUUUGGUACACAUAUGCAGCGCAUCAGGCUGAACAAAAAAGUCAGUGACAGCCACAUUCCAAACCCAACAGGAAGUGAGCUAUUUUGCGUUGAAUGUCAGAUUUUGCCCAUUUUUCAUUUUUUUUCUAGAGCGAACUCCUCCUAGGGAGAAACUCCAAUUCACCUCAAAUUCAGCCAGUACAUACAGGAGGCCUUAAUGAUCCAAAGUUAUUAAAAUCUUUUUCCAAAGUCAAAGGGCGUGUCCCUGGCUGCGUCUGGAAUUUUGAUCCUUCGCCAUGAAAUUUCAAAUGCUGUGUAAAUGCCCUGAACAUGCUCCAGUCUGCCUGAAAUUUUACAUGUAUGAUCAGUGUGUAAAUGACCUAAAUUUUAUUUGUUCAUCUCAGUUUUUCUUAUAAUUUAAGUUCCUUUUGAUUAAGUUAAAUCGGGUGCUUUUAUUUUGGUAGUGUUGUACGGCAGGAAGGAGUAUGGCGUCUGACAACAGAAAGUGUAGAGUGUAAAUAAAUACGGAAAGUUAAGGAAAUAGAAAACGGACAAAUCAUUUAAAGUUCAGCACCUGGCUAAAGGGGACAAGUCCAGCUUCAGUCUCUACAACAGAUCAGAGCUCUCGUUGCUGUUAGCUUCCAGUCCAUCAUGGUGGUUCAGAGAGUGGCAGUGAUCGGUGCAGGACCCUCAGGUCUGACCAGCAUCAAAGCCUGUUUGGAGGAAGGUCUGGAGCCCACGUGCUUCGAGAGCAGCUAUGACAUUGGAGGUCUGUGGAAAUUUAAGGAGAAGCCGGAGCCUGGACGGGCCAACAUCUAUCAGUCGGUGGUUAUCAACAGCUCCAAAGAGAUGAUGUCCUUCAGCGAUUUCCCGCCUCCCGCUGAGCUCCCAAACAACAUGCAUCACUCUGAGAUCAUGAUUUAUCUGCGUCUCUACGCUCAGGCUUUUAAUCUAAUGCAGCACAUACACCUGCAGACUACUGUGGUCAGUGUGAGGCAGAGACCAGAUUUUGCAGCGAGCGGUCAGUGGGAGGUGGAGACAGAGAAGACGGAGGGUUCGAGGGAGACGCAUGUUUUCGAUGCAGUGAUAGUUUGCACCGGACAUUUCACUCAACCUCACCUGCCGCUCAAGGACUUCCCAGGUAUCGAGAGCUUCCAAGGCAGAUAUUUCCACAGCUGGGAUUACCGCAGUGCUGAGGGUUUGGAGGGAAAGAGAGUGGUGGUGAUCGGGAUGGGGAACUCUGGAGCUGAUAUUGCAGUUGAUAUCAGCAGAGUUGCAGAGAAGGUAUACCUGAGUACCAGGAGUGGAGCCUGGGUAAUCGGUCGUGUCGCACCUGGGGGGUUACCACUUGAUAUCGUUUAUGUUUCUCGAAAGGACAAUCUGAUGCAGAAGCUCUUCCCCUCAUGGACCAGUAAGAUGUUGGAGAAGAAGCUGAAUGAACCGUUUGACCACAAACUAUACGGCCUUCAACCAAAGCACGCCUUUUUUGCACAGAUUCCCGUAGUCAACGACGACCUGCCAGCUCGGAUCAUCUCGGGUCGUGUUCAAGUGAAACCCAACGUGAAAGAGUUCUCUGGUUCCAGUGUGAUCUUCACUGAUGGCAGCAUCAUAGACAAGGUGGAUGUCGUGGUGUUUGCUACAGGCUACAACUAUGGCUUCCCUUUCCUGCCUGCAGCUCUGCAGGCUAAAUGUGGCUACAGGCUGUGUCUCUACAAGCAUAUUUUCCAUCCUAAACUGACCAAACCCACGCUGGCAGUGGUGGGCUUCAUCCAUGGCUUCGGGGCGAUCAACCCUCUGGCUGAGAUGCAGGCUCGCUGGGCUACGAGAGUGUUCAAAGGCUUAAUAACUCUCCCAACUGAGAAGAUCAUGAUGGAGGAAAUUGAGAAAGACACAGCAGAGAUGCAUCAGAAAUAUGCCUGUUCAGAGCGUAACCCCCUGCAGGUGGACUACAUCCCUUACCAGGACUCUCUGGCAGAGCAGUUCGGGGCUCGACCAAACAUAGCGUGGCUCUUUGUGAAGGAUCCCAAACUGGCGCUGCAGGUUUUCUACGGUCCUGCCACUUCGUAUCAGUACCGUCUGACUGGAGCAGGCUGUUGGGCCGGAGCCCGUCAGGCGAUUCUCACUCAGUGGGAUCGAGUGAUUCAGCCUUUCAAGACGAGAGUGGUACCAGAACCAGAGACCAAACCUUCGUCUACCCUCGGCAUCAUUAUGAUUUUCUCAUGUGCUGCUUUGCUGAGCAGCUUCGUCUACAAUAAACAGCUUCUUUCCUCUUUCCUCUCUCCUCCAUAAUUCCUCAUAACCCCUCAGUAAGUUGUAAGAAUAAUAAUGAAUCAGCUGUAGGUGGAGAAUGUUUUUAGAAUGGGCACUUUGAAUAAAAUAUGGGGAAA